UGCCUGGGGGAAGGGACACGUGUACACACUUUCCUUCCACGUGUCUCUGACAGCCCUGACACCCAGGGUUGUCUGGUGACAACAAUACAGAGGGGAGAAUAGAGGAUUGAAUGGAGAACAAAAAGGGGUCCAAAACCAACGUAUAACAACAGAGUCACAUAUCAAAACAACUUUAAACAUGAAAAGAACUUCUCUUAACACACAAUAUCCAUUCCUCAUUUGCGAGAGCCGAUCACCACACCACCCAUCUAUAACAGAUAACAUGGUGUCAGGCCAUAGGUUGGGCUGAACACUCUCAAAAUUUGUCUUUUCCAAUCUAAUUAAUUCUUUGAAUCUACCCACCACUCCCGAAAUAUAUUCUCCCAGAGAUUCCUGUGCCUCCAGUGGGGAGCAGGAGAACACUCACAGGGCAUCUGGGCAGGGCGUCUUCUGGACCUACUGAUCCCCAGCUGUUAAUCAAAAAAUACGGGGCUCUGCAGGCUACCAAAACUCAAAUUUGUGGGUGUGCUAGGAGAACCAGACGGGUUUGUACCCUGAAAUCUGGAGCUGUGAAUGGCACAGGCAACAGACUCUGCCCUCACGCCGGGCCCCAGGGAGCAGCUAGGCAGCCCCGCAUUCCCCAAGGGCCCAAAAUUCUCCAUGAACCGGAGCUCGCUGCCCUCAGCAUCGCCUCGGCUAACACUGAGUGUGGCAGAGCCAGGGAGCCCAGAUAGGCGGGGUGAAAGCCCAGGCAUUUUCCGUAACUCGAGAGCCGCGCCCUGCAGCGUACCUCCGGCAGGCUGCUGGUGUAAAAGCCCCGCCGACGGACUAGCUGCUCCCAGAGCGGGCCAGCUGGCUGCUGCGGCAACGACAGGGCUGCCAGGGGAGCGGACGGCCUGGCCGGAUACUGAGGGACUGGGGCAGCUGGCUCGCUGGCUGCUGCGAGAGCAGACCGGCUGUUUGGCUGGCCAGCUGGCUGCUGCGGGGGCGGACCGCCUGUUUGGCUAGCUAGCCGGCUCCCUCGCUGGCGAACUACUGCGCACAAGCCGCGGCACAGCCCCCGCGCUCCCGUUUCCCGGGCGCGCCCCCGCACCCAGCGCGCAGCCGCACUGCUCCAAAACUGUUUCUUGCUCACGUCGGAGAAGCCGCUUCCGUUUCCAACGCCGCAUUCCGGCCACACCUGCCCCUGCCCGAGCCUCGGCUCGCUCCGCCGCCCGGCCCGCCCGAGGAGGACCCCGCGCUCAGCCGCCCCAGCAAGCCAUGUCCGAGGAGGAUUAUGUGUGUGUGAAGGCUGAGGAAGAGGAUGAAGCAGUGAUUAUGGGCCAUGGAGACAAUGGGCUAUCCACACAAAGCUUCAUGCCAGUGCAACAGAACUCUGAAGCAAACAGUGCUGUUCACCACAUGAGUCAACUUGCCUAUGGAAGCGAAGGCUUGCCAGUGCUUAGUGAUCAAACGUCCUCACCAAUGAGCCAUUCUGCAAUGAUGCAGAGAGGAAAUGGUCACAGCCCUGUAAAAACGGAUUUUGUGUUUUUGCGUAAUAAAAGAAAACGACUUUCUCCUGCUGUAGUGGAACACAAUGUGAUAAGAACCAGGGAAGAAGAAUAUGAAGAUAGUGACAGUGUUGUUUAUGAGUAUGAACCAGACUAUGAAUGUGAGAGCAUUUUAUCUGAAGCUUCUUAUACUGGAUAUCAGCAGAAUCCGCUUAUGGAGGUCCUCAGUUAUUGCCAGGCCAUGUAUGAUGCCAUUCAAAAGUUGGAUAAGAAAUUUGACCUCCUUCAUCGUAAGGUCUCAGAAAUGCAGCAUACUCGUAUAAAGCCACUGUUGCUCAAACCUAAACCAGUUGGAUUUACAUACAGAAGCUCCAGUCAUUUGCCUUCAGGAAAAAUACGAGUACAAAAACACAUGGAAAGGGAUUUAAGUCUUCGUGUUUCUUCAUCAGGCCAGGGAAGGCCUAGCCCACUUGUAAAGGUGGCUUUACAGAAUGGCCACAUUCAGGUCAAUUCCGAAGUAAAUCACGCCCCACAGAGUUUUCAGCUUCAAUCUCAGCAGCCUGUUGGAAGGCAGAGCCCACCACUCCCCACUAUAGUUUCUACACAUUCAUUGCAUUCAUCAUACACUGCAACUAAUGGGAUGCCUGACCUUUCACCACAAUCAAAUCUUGCUCCCAGUAUUGUGGAAAGUACUGUCAACGUUGCAUCUUCACCCGUGGCAUCACCAUCGAGACCAGCACCGUCUGAGCCCAGUCAGGAAAACAGUGCUGUGGAGUUGAACUGCAAAAAUGCAUCUGAGGAUGUGAAUAUUAGUGAGGAGCUACCAUCUUCUUCAGUCUUCAUCAAUCCUAGCUUUGAGUUUGUUGGUGAUCCAGCAAGAAAUGUAAAAGUUCUUGGAAACCACUUGGUGAAGGCUCGGCAAAAGACUAAACCCAAGUAUGCAGCACGCCACUUGGUUCGUGUCUUGUUCCCCAAGAAAACUUUAUUGUGCAGCAUUAUGGGAGCAAGUGCACGAGGGCGUAGGACACUGGAUCCAAACAAAAUUGCUGCAAUAAGAGAGUUUCUUGCAACUAACUUUCCAACCUAUGAUUUGAGUGAGCAUGGAAAAGACUGGAAAACCUGUAUCACAAAUGUCAAUUCUAUGAUCCGCUGUUUGCGCUCUGAAACCAAAGCAAAGGCAACAAGUUCUCCUAAGGAGACAACUGGGGAGAAAGAAGUGUCUGAUGCUCCUGAUACAUCUCAUUGUUUAGAUUUAAAUUAUAAUGAAGAUAAUGGAGAAAAUUCUCAAAACUCUCAGAAAAUGACUGGCUCCACAACUGACAUAUUGCAGAAUUCAGGAUUGGAUACUUUUCCAGAAGCUUUCCAAACAUCUUCAGUCAGGAAACAACAGUCUUUGGAACCUAUGGAACAUCUUGGGAGCCCAUGUCACAAUGUCCAGUUGCCUUUCUCAGUCAUUUACGUCGCUAAGGGGAAGGCGCGGCCAGAGUUGUCAGCUCGCUACCUAAUUCGUCAUAUGUUCCCUGAGCACGUGCUGGUCAGAAGCAACGUGUAUGGUAGUCUUGAUCGUGGCAUGAGCCCCCUGGAUUCCAAUAAAAUCAAUGCUCUCAGAGACUUCCUUCAAGAGAAUUUUCCAUCCUUUGAUCUAAAUGAGAGUGGAUUUGAUUGGAAGGCAUGCGUGGCUGCCAUAAACAGCACAAUCCGCAGUCUCAGGCACGAGCUUAAAAAGGCUACGUCUGGAAUCCGCCGGAGAGCCUCGGCAGUGCCACCCCUGAGUGCAGAGUCCCCCAGAGGAUCCCACUUCCGUAAAGCCAGUGGAAAGCAACACUCUCAUAUGUCAGACUGAAGCUCUCUAGCAUCUGUCUAAAAUCUUAAUUUAGUGGGUUUGUAUGAAUUUCAUGUUGAAGCCUGUAAUACUGAGCUGUCCUAUUCAACUGAGUUGUCAGCAGCACUAAAUAGCAUCACUUCAUGAGACCAGAGUUUGCAGAAGGCUUGGGAGCCCUAACUCUUUGCAUAAAUAGCAUUUGUGCUCCUCAGAAAUUAUUUUCACUGUUCCCUGCAGCAUUUGCAAUGUGCUCUCUCCUAAAAGCAUCUUCUUAUCAUGAGUCAUUGAAUCUGAAGGAUUAAUCUGAUUAGAAAAGAUGCACUGUGCAUCAGUUCAGCAGAAGCAGAUGGAAAAGAGGAGAAGAAAGAGUGGUCCUCCUUGGAGGAUGAAUCAUAACCAGCUAAAUUAUCUCAUUAUGUGUGAGGAAUGAAAUUUGCUUUGACAGUUGGAUAUCUUCAGCAAAAAUAUCAGAAAGGAAAAAAUAUUUUUACUUGCAUUAUUUAACUUGUUGUAUCUGGACUUGAUGAUCUUCAAGGUCUUUUCUAACCUUAAUGAUUGUAUGAUUUCUCACAUUUUUGCCUCCUAUAUCGGUGUUUUUUGUAGGGUAAGAGGCAGACAACAAUAUCAGUACAGCUGGUAAUACUGCGUUGCUCUGAUUUAGCUCUACAAAAAGGACAAAAGAAAUCCAAAACAGUCCAAUGGUUGGUUCUGUUUUUCUUAAUGAAAUUUAAGGAAAAUACUUCAGGAUCCUGAACUCCACCAUGUCUUACUGAACAACAGUACUUUGAAGUACUGAAGCUAAGGCUUCACAUUUUCAGCAAAUCCCUUGUUGUAGGUGGUCUGAGGUCCAGAAAAGCACCUGUCAAUAAUAAAUGUUCACGCCCUUGCCUUUCCUUUCUGUCCACACAAGACUAAGAUUUAUUAGUGCACUAAGUUAUAAAUCAAACAAACUAAUUUUAACAAACUAACUUUGAAAAUCAUUUGGAUGUUGAACUUCUAAAAUAAAAAAUAAUUACCAUAUAUAUUCAAUUUCACAUCUUAGUUUAAUUUGUAAGUUAGAAUUCAGCAACAGUAACUAUACAGAAGUUAAUGGGGUUUUUUUGUUGGUGAGGUUCUUUGUUAUUUGGAGCUUUUUUGUUUGUUUUCAAAAAAGGAAGUAGUCAAUAGAAUGAUAAAAUAUGCUGAUUUGUAAGGGACAUAUCAGGAUCAUCAAGUCCAACUCCUGACAGUGCAUAGGAUCAUCUCCAAAAAUAUGUGCCUGAGACCAUUGUCCAAAUACUUCUUGAACUCUGUCAGGCUUGGUGCUGUGACCACUUCCCUAGGAACCUGUGCUAGUGUCUGACCACCCUCUGGGUGAAGAACCUAUCCUGAUAAUAGUUUCCAACCUAAACCUCCCCUGCCACAGCUUCAGGCCUUCAUUCCCUCAGGUCCUGUCACUGGUCACAAGAGUGAAGAGACCCUGCCCCUCUUCUUUCCCUUCUGAGGAUGUUGAUGACCACAAUGAGGUUUCCCCUCAGUCUCCUCCAGGCAGACAAAAACCAAGUGCUCUCAGCUGCUUCUCAUACAGCUUCCCCUCCAGACCCUUCACCAUCCUCAUGGCCCUCCUCUGGAUACCCUCUAAUAGCUGAAUGUCUUUCUUAUAUUGUGGUGCCUAAAACUGCCCCUGGCACUUGAGGUGAGGCCACCCCAGUGCAGAGCAGAGCAGGACAAUCUCCUCCGUUACUUGGCUGGUGGUGCUGGGCCUGAUGCAGCCCAGGAUAGGGCUGACCCUUCUGGCUGACAGGGCACUUCUGGCUGACAUUCAACUUGACAUCAACCAGGACCCCCAGGACCCUUUCCAUAGCUGCUUUCCAGCUUCUCAUACCCCAGCUUAUACACACAGCUAGGGUUGCCCUGCUCCAGGUGCAGAAUCCAGCACUUGUCCUUGUUGAACUCCAUACAGUUGGUAUAAGCCUUUCUGUUCCGUGUUUUUCAGCAUCAGUCACACAGUCCUCCUGGAGUCUGUACUGGCUGACUGCUGUGUGAACUUGCCCUGCCACUUGUGUUGGGUCUGAGUGCAGUCUCAGAGGUCCAGUUUCUUCCCAGAAGAAAGCUUCCUUCUUGGAAGACUGGCAUAGGGAGUGGAUUUUACCUCUGAGAGUUGUGGAAACUGUGGCUUCCAAAAUAACACCAGUAGAUAGCAGAAUUAGAUUUAACUAAAUCUGUCCUCUCCAAGGCAAAGGUUUCAUAGUUCAUUUGUUAGCAAUAGGAUAAAACAGUGAAUUUACUCAUUCUCGCUUCAACUUCUGUUCAUAACAGACAGACAGUCUUUAUUAUACAGGGUAUAGGACCGGCUUUUUAAUUGCAACUUAGGAUAUGCAAUGGCCUUAUCAAUUAUGAGAUCAGUUGGUAAUUUAAGUUCCUCCUGCCACCUCCUUGCAGAAGUCCUCUGCAGGAUUCAAGAAACUGACUGAAUUUCUGAACUUUUCUUGGUAGAAAUGUACUGCAAAUUUGGUUGUUCUGGUGUACUAUUAACAAAUUCUUCUGUUACUUUCUAUACAGUACUUGUUGUAAAGGGCAAGAACUUUGUUGUGUAUAGGUAUUACUAGUUCCAAAGUUCAGAAAAAGCCAAAAAUGCUUGUAUUUUUUUCAGUAGUUUUAUGAUUUUUUUUCACUGCCCUUCACAUAUUUUAAGGGUAGAAGGAUAUAUUUAUUGAAUGAUGUCUGGCACUGAAAUCUGUUAAGUGUGGUGCAUACCUGUAGCUUCCAUCUUGAAAAGAAACCUGGAUAAUUGAAGUAGAAUUAGUUUUCUUGUUUCUGUUUCAAAUGUAUAAAAUUUCGCUAACUUUUAUAAAGUACAAUUAAAGUAUUUUGCUGUUAGGAAUAAAGUAUUUUACAAAUAAAAUAGCACAUAGCUCUUUGACUA